AUGAAAUCCGAUCAGUUGAUAGCUGCGUUGCUACUUGGGCUAGGGCCACAAACCAUGGCUGUGGUGGUGAAAUUUGAACAUGCCUCAGCACCAGCAAUCAGAGAUGCCAUAGAUCCAACUACAGCUGGUGGUCACAGUCUUGUGCAAUAUUCACCGGCCCACACCAAAAUGGCAGAAUCUCAAAAAGAAGUUCAAAGACUUGAACUUGAAGCCCAGAGAGGUCCUCCCGAUAUACCUCCAAGCCCAUUCACCUUUGGAUUUAAAGAUGAACAAGCGGAUUCCAGCCAUAUUGGAGAAUCCGCUGAUUCUUCAGAGUUGAAAAUUCUACCUUCCGAUGAAAAGGUGAAUAGAAAGGUGUACGGUGUAGGAUCUCAAACACUUCCUGAAAGGCAGCUGCGGGGUGUGGGGGGUCACGCAGGGAAGGCAGGGAAAGGUGGGAAGAAGCGUGCUGGGAAUAGUGGCUCAGAGAACAGCGCAUCAUUCUCCUAUAUGUUGUCUCUUAUUGGCCUUUUAGUCAAUUUUCCUUUACUUGGACGCUUGUUUACUCGUUAG